AUGGAACCCCACAAUAAUUCUUUCUUCAACUCUCAAAAUUUUAAUCCCUCCCAAGACUAUUAUCCAAAUCUUGCUGAUAUUCCAAGCUCCAAUGAAUUCCCGGAGUUUGAUUAUGCUAUGAAUUCAGAGUUCUCGCAUAAUCCAACUGAUUCUCCUAUUUCUGAAUAUCACCAAACCUCUGAAAAUUUUUCUGCAAAUCCUUCCAGCAAUGCUCAAAGUUGGACUGAUAUAGAAGAUAUAUCACUAAUGUCUGCUUGGUGCUUUGUCAGUAACAAUCCAAUUGUUGGCACUAACCGAAAUAGUAAGUCGUUUUGGAAAACUGUUGCAGAUAUGUAUGAGCAAAGUCGAGCAGAUAAUCCAGAAAUUGGAGGUCGAAGGAGCGUGGAAUCAUUGAGGAACCGUUACAAACGUCUCAACAAAAAUGUAACUCUGUGGGUUGCUGCAUACAAGAAAGCAUAUGAGCGACGAGCGAGUGGUCAGUCUAAAGAGGAUAUCGAGAAAGCAGCUCAAGCAAUUUACGGUAAACCUAAGUUUACUCACCAUGAGGUGUUUGAAAAAGUUGUGAGCAGCUAUCCGAACUGGGAACUGAAAUUGGAUAGUACUGGUUACGUACGUCGUUCUCACCCAGACGACGAAGACAGUGUUGAUGAAAGUCGUAGCAGCUCAAAAAAAUCGAGGACAGAUGAAGAUGUGGAUCCUCCAACCGACUCCACUCCAGAAACUCCAGGUAGUGAUGCUUCAAAAUUUCAUCGUCCUAUUGGUAGGGAUAAAGCUAAAGCUAAGGCUAAAAGAAAAGGAAAACAAACAGAAUCACAAUCUUCGAUAGUUUCAGAUGCUUUCACUGCUGAACUACGUGAAAUGAGAAUCACACGCGAAAAAGAAAUGAAAACAUCUACGUUGAAUACGUUAAUGAAAAAAAACCAGUUAUCUCCAGAUGAGGAAGCUCUCAAACGUCGGCUAAUGGCAGAACUUUAUGGAAUCUAA